UUCAGACUCGUUUGAAAUGCCCAAGGGCCAUCCGCUGGGUUCUAAAUGUGCUGUUAUAUCAGCAAGAAAGGCUAAGAAGCGUUCAGGAUUUAAAGGGAAGCCAGCCUGGAGAAAGAAAGCCGAGAAAAGUGUGCCUAAACUCGUGUUCGUUGCGGAUUGUGAUGUUGGUGAAGAGGACGAUGAGCCAGAAAAAGGAAACCCGAUUUCUGCUUCAAAGAGAAAACUUUCGUACUCUGAAUCAGAUGAAGAGUAUUCACUCAAUGAGGUUGCAAAUGCUGAAGGCUAUCGUCUCGUUUUUAUGGAUAGUUUGAGGGAUAUCGCUCAAAGGAUUCAUGGUUUCUCAGGAUGCGAAGGAAAAGUAUCAGUUGUAGAAGAUCCAUCAAAGAGCUUUGGUUUGUGUAGCAGUCUUUUCAUCCAGUGUGAUUCCUGCGAUCUAAAUGAAUUCUUCAGCACUGGUAAACAUUCGCUAUCGGAUCUUGCUCCAAGGACCAUGCAAGGUAGAGACGUUAACAGAAGAUCAGUGUUUGCUGCAAAUGAAGUUGGCCUAGGGAGAAAGGGAAUAGCAGCCAUCUGUGAAGUGUUUGACAUGCCACCUCCAGUUGCUCCCACUGCCUGGGCGACACAUAAUGAGCUACUCUACCAGCAGCACCUUGUUGCGAUGAAUGAACAAUUAGAGAAAAGCCAGGCUGAAGAAAAAGAACUGUGCAAAAACAAUGGCUUGACAGCUACCUCAGUCAGUUUUGAUGGCACCUGGGCAAAAAGAGGGUUUACUUCAAACCAUGGUGUUGGCUUUGCCAUUUCUACCGAAACUGGAGUACUUGACUAUGCGGUAGUGUCAAAAAACUGCAAUGCCUGCAAUAUACAGUCCAAAAAGCUGUCUGUUGAGGAGUUCGAGCAAUGGGCUGAAGACCAUGAAUGCCCUGGUGGCUAUGAAGGCUCUAGUCCCAGUAUGGAGACCUCAUGUGCCAAGAAAGUCUGGAACAAUAGCAAGGACACUGGCCUAGAAUAUAGGUUCAUGGUGUCAGAUGGUGAUUCAAAGGCUUUUGAUGAGGUGAGAGAGACGUAUGGUGUGUGUGAAGACUGUCUACAUUAUGACAAUAUGGAUAAAUCUUCACCUGAAUAUAAGCAAUGGAAAAGCUCUCCAGCUUAUAAACGUCAUUUAAGCGAACAUAUGGAUGAUAAGUCAAACUGCCGCAGAGUCAUGAAGUUGGACUGUAUUGGACACGUCCAAAAGCGAAUGGGCAAAGCCCUGCGUAAGGCCCAAGAGACAAAAGGCAAACUUGCUGAUGGCAAACCAGUGGGCGGCAGGUCUGGGAGGCUUACAAAGUCUGCAAUUGAGAAAUUGCAAAAGUACUAUGGUAAUGCAAUAAGGAAUAAUGUGAAGCAAGGGGUCUUGUCAACCAAUCAAAGGGCAGAAGCAAUCUCCAACAUGAAAAUGGAGAUCAUGGCUGGCCUUUACCAUAGCUGUAAAUUGCCAGUGAAUGAAAGACACCAGGUUUGUCCUGUAAGCUCCUGGUGUGCAUAUAAGAAUUUUACCAAGACAUUCAAGGAGAAAAAGCACCACCUAGACCCUGUCUUCGUAGACUUUCUCAAGCCUACCUAUGAUCGGCUUACCAGUGAUGCCCUCUUAGAGAGAUGCUUGCCUGGCAAUACCCAGAAUCCAAGAGUGCUUGAACUCUCUUGUGUGGCUGAGGUGCCCCAAGCACAGAUGGUUUGGGCGGAAGCGUGUGGAGAUGGCAGCAGUCUCUGCUGCUCUGCACUUUAGCUCGGGGGCCACUGCGAAGCACAGAGUGAUGGAGCUAGCUGGCAUACCUGCUGGAGCCCAAACUGCAGCAGCAAGUACAAGGAGAGACAAGCAGAGGGUAAAGAGUGCUGAAAAGAGAACUUAUGAGAAGUUUAAAAAGUACAGAAGAUCUAUUCGCCGUGUGAAUGUUCGUGUCGAAGAACGUCGAGUGAAUGAGGAGGGAACCACAUAUGAGGCCGGGGGUUUCUAGACGGGAAAACAAACACUUAGUAACCAUUAAGAAGACUGAGAUAUCUUACUUUUUAAACAGCAGGCAUGAGUAAAUCAUAUUGUUAUUAUUUUUUCACAAUAUUAUUCUUUUUUGACCAUCUUGUGAAGAAAUUGCCUAUUCUCAAACUUUAAAGUGUUUUUUCUAGGAGGAGGGUUGAUAUAUAAUGUCGCGACUGCCUAAUCUCAUAUCUUUUAGAGUAUUUGGUAUUUUUUGCUGAAAUUUUCAGGAAAUGCUGCUGAUAUAAUUGCCUUUAUGAUGAAUGAUUUAGAUUUUCAAUUUUACAAACUUCAUUCAAGGGGAAAUUUUUUGUCAACAAUAAUUGUGUAAAAUGUGAUUUCUUUAAAAAAAUCAAAGAUUUAAAGAAAACAAAUCAUUCAUUAUGUAAAGCUAUCUUAUUUUAACAGAAAACAAUAAAAACAUACUAAAAAGCA